GGCGGGCGGGCGGACGGGAGGACGGAGAGUGCGGGAUGAUGGAUCGGCUCCGCGCGCUCGCCGACGUUGCAACGCUCGGGAUGGCCACAUAAUCCCUUGGAACGGACGGACGCACGAAAGAACGCCAGAGCGCCAUUGGCUAAUUGAGCUUGAACCCGCGCCCCCGGAGCUGCCCUCCCCGGAGCUGGGGGCGCCGCGCCCCGCGCGCCCAGCCCCAGCCGGUGCCAUGGAGCCCGCUCCGGCUCCGGCUCCCGGGGUGGCGGCGAUCGCAGCGGCUGCAACGGCUGCAGGAGCCCGGAGCCCGGAGCCCGCGCUGAGCCCGCCCGAGGCCCCCCGAGACGCGCCGGCGGCUGCAGGAGGCGGCGGCGGCGGAGGAGGCGGCGCGCCCGGGCGCAGGAGGCGGCGCUGCGGGGCGGCCCCGGGUCCGGGUCCCGGUCCGGCUGUGGGUCCGGGGCCCGGCGGCGGCUCCAACUCGCUGCUGCUGCGGCGCGGGCGGCUGAAGCGGCAUCUGUCGUCCGCGGCCCCCGCCUCGUCGUCGUCGUCGUCGCCGUCGCCGGCCCCCGCUGCGGCGUCGGCCUCCGGGCCGGCCUCGGCGGCGCUGGGCACCCGGAGCCUGGACAGGAAGGCGCCGCCGAAGCCCCGGCAGAUGCCGCCGCCGCUGCAGCCGUCCGAGCGCGACUGGGUGCGGCAGCAGCUCCGGCGCGGCUGCGUGCACGUCCUGCACCGCCACCUGCGCCCGGUGCUCUGCACGCUCGACACCACCGCCGCGCAGGUGGCCGCGCGCCUGCUGCUGCUGCAGGACGGGGGCCCCCCCAAAGGGGCGAGCGCAGAGAGGGAGAAGGGGGCGCUCAAGGUGCCGGGCUUGGCUGCCCCCGACGCCCCGAUCGCGGACCUGCCGCUGCUCCACCCCAGCCCCAACUCCAACCCCAAAUCCGCGCCCUCCUCGGAUCUCCGCAGCCCCGGAGAACCGUGCGCCCCGGCACCCCCGACGGGCUCGACCUCCGACAGCGCGUCCGAGCGCCUCUGCGGCUCCUCUUCCUCCUCCUCCUCCGAAGAGCUCGAACCCGUCGCUCGAACCCCAAGCCAGCCGCCACCCAAAGCCUCGACCCGCGCCGUCGAGGGUCCGAUCGGGGCCCCGGAGGAAAACGGGGCGACGACCCCCGAGACGGCGCGCCCAUGCACCCCAACAUCACCACCACCACCAUCACCAUCACCAUCACCGCCACCACCGCCCAGCCUGUACGUGCAGCUUCACGGAGAGACCACCCGGCGCCUGGAGGCCCACGAGAAGCCCCUGCAGAUCCAAAACGACUACCUCUUCCAGUUGGGGUUCGGGGAGCUGUGGCGGGUGCAGGAGGAAGGCAUGGACUCCGAGGUCGGGUGCCUCAUCCGCUUCUACGCAGGGAAACCUCACAGCACCAAUUCUUCAGAACGGAUCCAGCUCUCAGGGAUGUAUAAUGUCCGUAAAGGCAAAAUGCAGUUGCCUGUGAAUCGGUGGACCAGACGCCAAGUGAUCCUGUGUGGGACCUGCCUGAUUGUUUCAUCUGUGAAAGACAGCUUGACUGGAAAGAUGCAUGUCCUGCCACUGAUUGGUGGAAAAGUGGAAGAAGUGAAAAAGCACCAACACUGUUUAGCCUUUAGCUCUUCUGGACCCCAGAGCCAGACUUACUACAUCUGUUUCGACACAUUCACAGAGUAUUUGCGGUGGCUUCGCCAAGUCUCCAAGGUUGCUUCCCAGCGAAUCAGCUCGGUGGACCUGUCCUGUUGCAGCCUGGAGCACCUGCCCGCCAACCUCUUCUACAGCCAGGACCUCACGCACCUCAACUUAAAACAGAACUUCCUGAGGCAGACCCCCAGCCUACCCUCUGCCAGGGGGCUCAGCGAGCUACAAAGGUUCACCAAGCUGAAGAGUCUAAACCUCUCCAAUAACCACCUGGGGACCUUCCCCUUAGCAGUCUGCAAUAUUCCGACCUUGACCGAAUUGAAUGUGUCCUGCAAUGCCCUUCAAGAAGUGCCCGCAGCCGUGGGGGAGAUGCACAACCUACAGACAUUUUUGUUGGACGGGAACUUUCUCCAGACCCUUCCUGCUGAAUUGGAGAACAUGCACCAGCUUAGUUAUCUCGGCCUUUCUUUUAAUGAAUUCACUGACAUUCCAGAGCUAUUGGAGAAACUGACUGCAAUGGACAAACUUUGCAUGGCUGGAAACUGUCUGGAGACCCUGAGUCUACAGGCAUUAAGAAAAAUGCCUCACAUUAAACAUGUGGAUCUGAGGCUGAAUGCAAUCAGGAAGCUUGUAACCAAUGAGGUUGACUUCCUCCAGCAUGUCACCCAACUUGAUCUUCGCGACAAUAAGCUCGGUGAUCUCAACGCUGCUGUUUUCAGCAACCUCGAGGUUCUGCACUGUGAACGGAAUCAGCUGGUGACGCUCAGUGUCAGCGGCAGUUCCCUGAAAGCGCUCUAUGCCACCUCCAACGAACUUGUUCAACUCGAUGUUUACCCAGUUCCAAAUUAUUUGUCCUACAUGGAUGUUUCAAGGAACCACUUAGAAAAUGUGCCUGAAUGGGUGUGUGAGAGCCGUAAGCUCGAAGUGCUGGAUAUUGCCCAUAAUCAGAUAUCCGAGCUGCCUGCCCGCUUGUUCUGCAAUAGCAGCCUCCGGAAGCUGCUGGCCGGACAUAACCAGCUGCUGCGGCUGCCUGAGAGGUUGGAGAGAACCUCAGUGGAGGUGUUGGAUGUGCAGCACAACCAGCUCCUGGAGCUUCCACCCAGCCUGCUGAUGAAGGCCGACAGCCUAAGAUUCCUGAACGCGUCGGCAAACAAACUGGAAAUGCUUCCUCCAGCCACACUCUCUGAAGAGACAAGCAGCGUCCUCCAGGAAUUGUAUUUGACCAACAACCACCUCACGGAUAAGUGUGUGCCCUUGUUGACAGGACAUCCCCGCCUGAAGAUAUUGCACAUGGCCUACAACCGCCUGCACAGCUUCCCUGCCAGUAAAAUGGCUAAACUGGAAGAGCUUGAGGAACUGGAUGUCAGCGGGAAUAAGCUGAAAGCCAUCCCCACCACCAUCAUGAACUGUAGCCGCAUGCACACUGUCAUCGCACACUCCAACUGCAUCGAGGUCUUCCCGGAAGUGAUGCAGCUCCCGGAAAUCAAGUGUGUGGACCUGAGCUGCAAUGAACUGAGUGAGGUCACGUUACCAGAAAACCUGCCUCCUAAGCUGCAGGAACUCGACCUGACUGGGAACCCGAGGCUUGCCCUGGACCAUAAAACCCUGGAGCUGCUCAACAACAUCCGCUGUUUCAAGAUCGACCAGCCUUCCGUGGGAGACGCAUCUGGAGCCCCGGCCGUGUGGAGCCAUGGCUACACUGAAGCGUCAGGGGUGAAGAACAAGUUGUGCGUUGCGGCCUUAUCGGUAAAUAACUUCUGUGACAACCGGGAAGCACUGUAUGGGGUGUUCGAUGGAGACCGUAACGUGGAGGUGCCAUACCUGCUCCAAUGCACGAUGAGCGACAUCUUGGCGGAAGAGCUGCAGAAAACAAAGAACGAGGAGGAGUACAUGGUCAAUACAUUCAUUGUGAUGCAAAGAAAACUCGGGACGGCAGGACAGAAACUAGGAGGAGCUGCUGUCCUUUGUCAUAUCAAGCAUGAUCCCAUGGACCCGGGAGGAUCCUUCACCUUGACCUCUGCCAAUGUGGGCAAGUGCCAGACAGUUCUGUGUCGGAAUGGGAAGGCUCUGCCCCUGUCCAGGUCCUACGUCAUGAGCUGUGAGGAAGAGUUGCAGAGGAUUAAACGGCACAAAGCCAUCAUCACGGAGGACGGGAAGGUGAACGGUGUGACAGAGUCCACCCGCAUCCUGGGCUACACCUUCCUGCACCCAAGUGUGGUGCCACGGCCCCACGUGCAGUCGGUGGCCCUGACGCCGCAGGAUGAGUUCUUCAUCCUGGGCAGCAAGGGCCUGUGGGACAGCCUGUCGGCCGAGGAGGCCGUGGGGGCCGUGCGCCAUGUCCCCGAUGCCCUGGCUGCCGCCAAGAAGCUGUGCACCCUAGCCCAGAGCUACGGCUGCCACGACAGCCUGAGCGCCGUGGUGGUGCAGCUGAGCGUGACUGAAGACAGCUUCUGCUGCUGCGAGCUGAGCGCAGGGGGUGCAGGGGGCCCUCCGCCCAGCCCGGGUAUGGGCAUGGACCCGGCCACCGUCAGCAUGGUCCUCAAGGAGCGGCCAGCCGAUGGGCUGGGCGUGCCAUCGUCUAGCAGCGGAUUGGCCUCAGAGAUGAGCAGCGAGCUGUCCACGUCGGAGAUGAGCAGCGAGGUGGGCUCCACGGCCUCUGACGAGCCACCACCUGGGGCCCUGCUGGACGGCGGUGCUGCCUACCCCAGCGAGCCACGCUGCACUCUGCACCCGGGCACAGGUGGCAGCUGCGGCCUUGUGGGUGGCGGAGGAGGAGGAGGUGGCGGUGCUCAUCCGUUCCAGCGCCAGCUGUCCAGUGCCACUUUCUCUAGCGCCUUCUCUGACAAUGGGCUGGACAGCGACGACGAGGAGCCCAUCGAGGGCGUCUUCAGCAACGGCAGCCGCGUGGAGGUGGAGGUGGACAUCCAUUGCGGGCGUGCCAAGGACCAGGAGCGCACACCAUCCAUGCCCACACCCGUGCCCACCUCCUCUACCGAUGUCAGCGACGAGGGCAUCGUCAUCAGCGCCAACGAGGAUGAGCCCGGCCCACCUCGCAAGGCCGAGUGCCCGGCAGGGACCGUGGGGACCAUCGGACGGCGGAGGCCCAACGGCUCGGUGGCCCCCCAGGAGAGGAGCCACAACGUGAUCGAGGUGGCAGCCGAUGCGCCCCUGCGCAGGCCCGGAGGCUACUUUGCGGCCCCCGCGCAGCCUGACCCUGAUGACCAGUUCAUCAUCCCACCUGAGUUGGAGGAGGAGGUGAAGGAGAUGAUAAAGCAGCAGCAGCAGCAGCAGCAGCAGCAACAGCAACAGCAACAGCCACCCUCAGCGCCACCCCCGCCACCCGGGCCGCUCCCACUCCCGCUCCCACUGCCGGGCUAUUGCGACACGCCGCUCUGAGCUCUGCACCCCCAGACCCAAGUGUCUCUGAUCCCCCCCACCCCUGGGGUCUCUACACAUACCCUCCCUCCCUCCCCAACCUUUGUCCAUCCCCCUUUUCUCUUGCUUCCUUUUUCCCCCCCAAUAAUUAACAUUUCUUCCAGCGACGCUCUCCUCCCGAUAUGAUUUAAAUCUGUUCACUUCUCUCUCUCUCCCCCCCCCUAACAUAUCAGAUGUAUAAAGACAAAGAACAAAAAGGUUUAAUAUAUUACAGAGAAACACUUAAUGAUAAUGUAAUAUUUUUUUUAAAUGCCUUUUUUUUUUCCUUUUUGCUGUUUUGGGAAGGCAGGGCAGCUUGCCAGUGCUAAAUGAUUUUAAUAAUAUUGUAAUUCUGUACUUCUUUAUAUAUAUAUAUUUUUGGGGAGGGCUUUUUUUUUUUUUUUUUUGGUCUUGAAAAUGAUAGACAUUUGUAGAAACCCGGAGUCUAACUCCUAGGGCCUGCUUUUCCUCCAUCUGGUGACUGAAGUCACUGGGCUUCACUAAUUUUUCUCUGAGAGAACAGUUGAUUGAGAAAUUUCUAUUGUAAAUAGCUCCGUGUUGUAUAGUGAUGCUAAAGAUGUUUUGUAGUUUUGACAAAAGGGCAAAAGGCCAAAAUAACUGACUCCCCUGAAACCUUCGCACCCGCCUUCCCCACUUCCGCCAUUAACUCCUGGGGCUAAGCAGCUCUGAGCUUUGCUGUCCUCACACAGGGGGCUGCGGGAUCCUGGAAAUGAUGCUGCAGCCCAGGGCCCUCACGCCCCACCCCACUGCCCUGUGCCAGCCUCUCCCACCCACAGACACUUUUUAACUGAGCCCUUCCUGGUGCCAGCAGGUGUCAGCACUAUUGCACAGAGGCCAGCAAGCCGGGCAUACGCCCAGAGUUCUAAGAAGGCAGGAUGCACAAAUGAACAUGUCAUAAUUUUUGUUAUAAUAAAUAUAAAAUUUCCAAGGAA